AUGGGGAAGCGGCCGCCGCUCGUCAUCCUCUCCUCUUCUGACGACGACGAUGGCGGCCGCACGGCAGCUAGCCGCGCCCCGCCGGCGCGCAGGACAAGGACUCCCGCGACGGCGCCGCCGCCGAAGCAGGAGCCCAGCAGCUCCAGGAAGAAGCCGCGCCGCGGGCGCGGGGGCAGCGGCGGGAGGGGGCACCGCCGGGCUUCGGACUCCGCGCCGUCCGGCUCCCUCAAGGCUGAAUUUGAUAUGCUCUCUGAAGAUUUUUCUGAAUGCCUGACUGACUUGGGCAUGUCAGGGUCUAUUCGUCAAACGGAAGAGCUUUGGGUUGACAAGUACAAACCACAAUCAUUGGCAGAGCUUGCUGUCCACAAAAAGAAGGUCGAAGAUGUAAAGAAAUGGCUGGAAGAGAAGUUGGAGGCACCAAAGGGAACAUUUGGAGGGUUGAGUCUUGUCCUUACUGGCCAGGCUGGUGUUGGAAAAUCUGCAACUGUCAAAGCGAUUGCUGCUGAGAUAGGAGCUGACUUAUGUGAGUGGACAACCCCAGUACCAACACUGUGGGCUGAGCAUGUGCAUGCUAAUUCAGGACUUCAGUAUGUAUCCAAGUUGGAAGAAUUUGAAAACUUUGUGGAGAAGAUAAGGAAAUACUCAUUGCUUUCUCUGGCAAGCACUGGAAACCAAAGAAAGCUUAUUAUCAUUCUGAUUGAUGACAUCCCUGUAUCAAGUGGAAAGGCUUCUAUGGCAAGAUUGGGGAAAUGUUUAACAGGUCUAAUUCAAAGUACACAAAUACCAACUGUCAUUUCACUGACUCACUAUCACAAAAGUGAGGCUAAUGAUACAUCAAUGUGGAACUCUGAGGAACUUGAGUCCUUACUUCAUGGUGCUGGUGCUCAUAAGAUUGUUUUCAAUCCGGUAACUGUAAGCUCUAUCAAGAAAAUUCUUUCUAGAAUAUGCAAACAAGAAAGCUCUGGCACAACUGAAGAAAUAGUGCAUCAAAUUGCUGCAUCUAGUGGAGGUGAUAUCAGACAUGCGAUAAUGUCUCUUCAGUACUACUGUCUUAAUCCAAGAAAGCUAAAGUCUGCAUUUGCAAAAAAUGUUACUCUGUUGGAUUUAAAGGAUUGUGGUACUCUAGCCCCAGGGCAGGAUUGUUACAGCCUCAGCUUUGCAAAAUCUUCUCCAUGUGGAAGGGAUGAGACACUUACAUUAUUUCAUGCAUUAGGGAAGUUUUUGCACAAUAAAAGGGAAACUGAUGGUGAUGUCAAUAUCGAUCCUGAAUCAUUUUCGCUCAAAGAAAAGCUAAGAAGAAAUCCACUAAAAAUGGAUGUUCCAGAGAUGAUUCUUUCUCAAGCACAUGGAAAAGUACGGACUGUUGCUGACUUUCUAUAUGAAAAUGCUCUUGAUUUCAUCGACGAUGAUGCUAUUGAUGACGCAUGGGUUGUGAUGUCAUAUUUGAGCGAUGCAGACUGCCUUCUUGCUGGUAGUCCAAUCACAUCUGCUCGUUGGAUUGUGAAUGAAUCAAACGAGUCAGACAGCAUGUCACAACUUAUUGCUGCAUCAGUUGCAGCACGAGGAGUUCUUUUUGGCAAUGCACAUGCCUCACCCUCAAGAUGGCAUACAAUCCGUAGCCCGAAGGUUUGGCAAAUCGAGCGUACAUUUCGAUCCACAAAGGAUCAGAUUUUUACAGAGAGAUUUGAUUGUUCAAGUACGUCUGGCUCUCGCAACUUCUCCGACGUAGUCACCGACUUCAGGCCUUUUGAGAGAUGGGUACGCCCUUGCAGUGAUAUCCCUAGGAGCAACUCCUCGCACCAUCAUUUCGAAGGUCGUCCGAACUUGAUCGGUAAACUUGAUGGGGAAGGAAACAACAGCGAGGAGGAGGAAGACGCCAUAGAAGAUUGUUAAGACCAAGCUGAUCUAGUUCGUAUUAGAUCUAAUCUAGCUGUACAUGGAUCCGUAGAAGUCUGUAGGGACCUGUAACAUGUGAAGCACCAGGUGGCUGGGUCAUACGUUUUUGGCCGUCUUUGUUAUUCAUGUGCAACA